AUGAAGCUCCGGGUCGCACUCCUCGCGCAGCUCGUCGCCCUCGCUGUGGUGCGUGCAACAGCGACCGACCCGGCGGUGCUCGACGCGUGCCCUGGUUACACCGUGGACAGCGUCGUCACGCAGGGGAAUGCUCUCACUGCGAACCUCGUCCUCGCGGGUACGCCAUGCAAUGUUUUCGGAACGGACAUCGCGGCGCUGAAGUUGGAGGUCACGUAUGAAAAUGAACCGGAUCCACCUCAAAAUCACAGACCCCUCAAAUGGCGAUACGAAAUCCCAGAGUCCGUGCUCCCUCGCCCAACAGCAGACCCGACCACCGAUCCGACCACGGCCAACAUUCGAUUCAACUACACGGCCUCGCCCUUCGCCCUCAGUACUGCGCGUCAAACCGACCUGCCUGCGAACGCGAACCUGUAUGGACUCGGGGAGCACACCGAUACGUUCCGCCUGCCGACGCACAACUUCACGCGCACGAUGUGGUCGCGCGACGCUACGGAGUGCCACAGGGGAACAACCUCACCGGCGACAGGCACGCACGGCGUUUUCCUUGCGAACUCCAACGGGAUGGAUAUCAAGGUCGACGACGCGCAGGCGAACACCACGACGCUGGAGUACAACGUUAUUGGCGGCGUGCUCGACUUUUACUUCCUCGCCGGCAGCGAGACCGACCCGUUGGAGCUCGUGCGGCAGUACGCGGACGUGGUGGGGACUCCGGCCGAGGUGCCGUAUUGGUCAUUCGGGUUUCACCAGUGCCGGUUUGGGUACCAGAAUUACAUCGACGUCUCCGAGGUGAUCACCAACUAUUCUGCGGCUGGCAUCCCCCUCGAGACGAUGUGGACUGAUAUUGACUACAUGGACCGCCGGCGCAUAUUCACCGUGGACCCGGACUACUUUCCUCUCGACCGCAUGCGAGAGAUCGUUGAUUACCUGCACGAUCACGACCAGAAAUACGUGCUCAUGACGGAUCCCGCCAUUGCUUACCUGCCCGACCAGGAUUACGGUCCGUUUGACCGUGGUACCGCGGACGACGUCUGGCUCAUGGCGGCCAACAACAGCAGUCCCUUCCUCGGCGCGGUGUGGCCGGGUGUGACGGUGUUCCCGGACUGGUUCAACGACAAGACGCAAGCUUUUUGGGACAACGAGUUCGCGCUAUUCUAUGACCCCGAGACGGGUAUCGACAUCGACGGCGCUUGGAUCGACAUGAACGAGCCAUCGAGCUUCUGCAACUACCCCUGCACGGACCCCUUUGCUCAGGCGCAGCAACAAGACCUCCCCCCUCCUCGCUCCACGGCUCCGCCCCCGCCCGAUGCACCGAUCUUUAACCAGACGUCGACGACUCCGUCUGCCUCCCGCGUCGACCACGCGAGCGACAACGUCCAGGCCCCGCCCUACGCUAUCCAGAACUUUGCAGGGGCCGGGGCGCUCUCAGACAAGACGGCAUACACUGACGCUAUGCACGCCAACGGCCUGAUCGAGUAUGACACUCAUAACCUGUACGGGACGAUGAUGUCGACGGCGACGCACAAUGCGAUGCUCGCUCGCCGCCCUGGACUUCGUACGCUGGUCAUCACGCGGUCGACGUUCGCCGGCGCGGGCACGCGCGUCGGCAAGUGGCUCGGGGACAACUUCAGCGAGUGGAGCCACUACAAGCAGAGCAUCUACGGGAUCCUCGGCAUGGCCGGUAUCUUCCAUGUCCCGAUGGUCGGUGCGGACAUUUGCGGGUACGCGGAGAACACGACCGAGACGCUGUGCGCUCGCUGGGCGAUGCUAGGCGCGUUCUACCCUUUCAUGCGUAAUCACAACGGCGACACGUCGAUCAGCCAGGAGUUCUACCGCUGGCCCACGACGACCGUCGCGGCGAAAAACGCGCUCGACGUCCGCUACCGCCUCCUCGAUUACCUCUACACCGCGUUCCACGCCGCAUCAACGGACGGCACCCCCGACGCGGCGACGUUUGCGGUCGACACCCAGUUCCUCUUCGGGCCGUCCGUGCUCGUCUCGCCCGUGAUCGAGGAGAACGCGACGUCGGUCGACGCGUACUUCCGCCCGCGCAACAUCCCGGUGCACAUCGUCGGCGGCGCGGUCCUCCCGCUCCGCGCUCCGGGCGCGAUGACGACCACGGAGCUCCGAGCGACCGACUUUGAGCUCGUGGUCGCGCCUGGGGUGGACGGCACCGCGGCGGGAUCGCUGUACGCGGACGAUGGGGUCUCGGUGGAGCAGGCGGCGACGACCACGGUGGACUUCAAGUUCUCGAGCGGGACGCUGGAGGUCUCGGGGGACUUUGGGUACGCUCUCGGGUGA